UGACAGUAACUCAAAUAACUACAUGUUAUAACAGUAGUGUGUGGAAGAACAUCACUGAACACACAAUACAUUGAACCUUGAGGUGGAUGAGCUACAGUAGUAGAAAAUUACAAACAUACAGAACUACAUUCAGUGGCCAUUUCAUUAGGUCUAAUAAAAUGGCCACUGGGUGUAACUUCCCUCCAUAGACGCUGCCUGAUCUGCUGGGUUCCUGUAGCAUGUUGUUUGCGUUGCUCUGGAUUUCCAGUUUCAAUGACCUAGUUCGUGAGCACGUGAUCCACGCCCCCCACCCCGGGAUGACCCAGUACUGUAGCUGACUGAGUCAAUAGUGAUCCGAGCGUGAAGUGGUCCAGUCCCAAAGCCCGAAGUGAGCCAGUGUCCAAGCAGGAGGUGACCCCUCCCCCAGUACGAGGUGCCUCAUAGCCCCCUGCAGCUGGCCGCCUCUCGACCAAGCAUUUUUUUCCAGUCCUUCCGCCAGCUCAAUGUAAAACCAGAUGAGUUCUGGGAUCCUCUUGGACCGGGAGCGACUUCGCAUUCCUCCACGUCGGGGGUUGAUCCUCAGCGCAAAGCUCGUUCCCAGAGCGCCAGACUCCAAGCUCGGCAGCGGGGAUUCGGCCCCGGAAUGUUUCACAGGCAACAUUGAGGGGGUGAGAUACUUGCAGCGCCCGAGGUGUCCUGGACAUCAGGCUGGCUCGCCUUCUGGGUCACUCUGAGAACAGUUGUGCUCUGGCUUGGAUCCAGGCGAUUUCAACCAGGCCAGCUUGAAGAAGUCUCUGAGUAACCACCAACAUACCACCUGUGGAACCAGAGGAGCCAACACACUAGACCACUGUUACACCACCAUCAAGAACACUUACUGUGACACACACUUUGGAAAGGCCGAUCACCUGGCUGUACUUGUACUUCCAAUGACUAAAGACCGUACCACCACUGGUGAGGACUAAGAAGAUAUGGUGGAUGGAGGUAAUGUUUGAGCAUUAUUGAUGGGCAUCAGUACAGUCAUGUGGCCACUUUGGAUUGCCAUCCUGUGGGUGACUGUCACAGCAGAACAUUCCAGCGCGUGGGAACUGGCAGCACAAAAAGAUGUUCCGUGCCCACGUGUACAUGGUGAUGGAUGGAAAAUUCGCAACCAGGAGCAGUACAUUAACAUUCCAGGCUUUAAUUUGCUCAGGCGAUUCUCUGUCUAUAAGAUGCCAGCACUGAAGAAAAUCCGAAGUCCAACGGGAUCUCUGAUUGUGAGAUUAGGAAACGUAUCCCUGGUCAGACCCACUGAACAGGUGUUCCCUCAGGGGCUGCCAAGUGACUUCACCUUCCUUGCAACUCUGCUGCUGAAGAAGAAGACAUUGAAGAAGAACUGGGACCUGGUCAAAAUCACAGACCAGCGGGGCCUGACACAGUUUUCAGUCCACAUGGACGGGAGGGACAAAACGGUGGAGUACAAAGCCAAAGGUCGUUUCCAAGACUACGUGCGCUGGGUGUUCAGUGGUGAAAGCGUUGCUGCCCUGUUUGAUCAACGAUGGCACAAGUUGAUAGUCGGUGUACAGGGCAAUGUGGCCUCUCUCUACGUAGACUGCCGCCUGAUCGAGAUCAAGUCGGUGGAAGAGAGAGCCAGGAUCAGCAUUGAGGGGCAGGCAAUAAUGGGCAAGCUCACUGAGGACAACAGGCCAGCUGAGGUUGACCUACAGGAGAUGGUUCUAUUCUGUGAUCCUCUCAUGGCAGAGAAGGUGACAUGCUGUGAGAUUCCAGGUGUACAGUGCGCGGUGGACCUGCUACUGCCAAAGAGCAGGAGGAAUGCGGAAGUGAAGAAGAGCAGGAUACUAACUGGAGCUCUGCCUCAGCUACGCCAGGAGGUCGAAACCAAGUGCUUCUGUGUUAAUGAGAUGUCAAUGAUAAAGUGUAAGUCAUGCAUCCCAGAGGCACCUGGAAAAAACGAUGCCGGUGAACUGAGCCGACAGAAGGGUGAAGGCUGCAUUGAGUGUCCGAAAGGCCAGAAAGGAGAGAAGGGAGAUCCGGCCGAGAAGGGUCAGAAAGGUGAGCCAGGAUUCCCAGGACUGACUGGCCUCCCUGGCAGAGAUGGAAAACCAGGAGAGAAGUGUAUUGUAGGACCAAAAGGUGCCAAGGGAGAUCCAGGACCAGUGGGACCAGAGGGCCUUGCCGGUGAGCCAGGAGCCCCAGGCCCUCCUGGUGUUCCAGGAAUCGGAAUCCCAGGAAAGCCGGGAAAGCCUGGUGGCCCACCCGGAGUCAAAGGAGAUCCGGGAACUGAUGGGAACCCUGGCCCUGAUGGUCUCCCCGGAAAACAGGGUAAACCUGGAUUGCCUGGGCCAAAGGGAGAAAAGGGAGACCAGUGUGGACUUUGUCCUUCAGACAAAAAAGAGCAAGGUGGUGAGAGCAAGCAGGAUACAGCCUACAACAUGAACUCACACCCUGUGGGGCUCAAGCAGGGUGUGCCUGGACCUCCAGGAAAGCAGGGUGAAAAGGGCGAUUCUGGAGAGCCUGGUCCAAAAGGAGAGAAGGGUGAAGCCUGCAACCUCUGCCCCCAACUUCCCGAUGAGCUUGGAGGAAUUGUGGGAAUUCCUGGACCACCGGGAGCUAAAGGUGACCGUGGUAUUCCUGGAGUUGGGCUCCCUGGAUCCUCUGGUUUUCCCGGAAAGCCAGGACUGCGUGGGCCAAAGGGGGAGAAGGGAAGCAUCGGCAAGCAAGGCUCUUCUGGGAAGUCAGGCAAGCGUGGUCCUCAAGGUCUCCCUGGGCAUGACGCAGAGAAGGGAGACAAGGGGGAGCGUGGAGACCCAGGCCUCACAGGACGCCAAGGACUGAAAGGAGAAAAGGGCGAAGGAUGUGGACCUUGCCUCACUGCUCCACAUGGGAAGCUCACUGCUGCACCCCCACAUUUGGAAGUACCCGAGGAUGGAUCCAGAGGACAGUCUGGCAGACCGGGUGAUCCUGGUCCAAAGGGUGAUACAGGAGAGCCGGGUGCCAUAGGAAUUCCAGGAAACCCUGGAAAACAAGGAUUGCGAGGUUCUCCCGGACUAAAGGGCGAAAAGGGAGAUCAGUGUGAGGUUUGCCCCACAAUUCCAGAUGAUUUCAAGGACGUGAUUGGACUUCCAGGGAAACCAGGCCCUCGAGGCGAUCCUGGACCACCUGGGACAGGAACACCCGGAAGACAUGGUCUGCCAGGUCUGCAAGGACAGGCGGGCAGUCCGGGUCUGAAGGGAGAGAAGGGGCAGAGGGGACCCCCUGGAGUCGGACAGCCUGGCCUGCCGGGUAAGGAUGGCAGUGUGGGGAAACCAGGAGAGCCGGGUAAACCUGGAGUGCCGGGGAUACCCGGAUCUGAAGGUCCCAAAGGCAGCAAGGGGCAAGCAGGAGAGCACGGGAUUCCAGGACACCCAGGAGCACCAGGCGUGGGAUUGCCAGGGAUACAGGGAAAGGAAGGAGAGCCUGGAACUCCUGGACUGCCAGGGAAACGAGGCUUCCCAGGUGUGGCUGGAAUUAAAGGUGAAAAGGGAGCAGCAGCUGAACCCUGUUUCUGUGUGUAUGGGCCUCCGACUGAGCCAGGGGAUGGACAACAACCGGGAACUUCUGGACAACACGGACUGCCGGGGGCUCCUGGUGAGCGAACGAUGUGGCCAAUGGGCCCCCCCGGUCCUCCAGGGCCACCUGGACCACCUGGACCUCCCGGAGUCCCUGGGGGAAUGGGACGGCAGGGAAUUCCCGGGAAUGAUGGCUUGCCAGGUGUGCCUGGGCUUCCGGGGGAAGUGCCUCCACUGUCACUCUUUGCUGAGAGGAACAAUUCUUUCUUCAAGGUUUUCUGUGCUAACUGCAGCAAUGGAUUCCCUGGUGCCCAGGCAUUUACCGGAGCCAAGGUGGAGCAGACACCACACAGCACUCCUGGGGCAGGAGCCAUCGACCACUGCGAGAAGUGCAGACAGGAGCAGCGUCAACUGCCCCGUAUGGAGGAGCACAGGCUAAAUGACAGAGACUGUGGGUAUCCAGGGCCUCCUGGGAUGCCUGGGAUUCCAGGUGAACCUGGACUGUCUGGAAUGAAAGGAGACCAGGGCUCUCCAGGGCUCCGAGGAUAUCCAGGGCCACCGGGCCAAUCGGGACCCCCUGGGUUUCCUGGCUCUCCUGGGCCCCCUGGAACACCUGGUCUACCCGGAGAACGGGGAUUAAGUGGAGUGCCUGGACAGAAAGGAGAACAGGGUCCUCCAGGAUCCUCUGGAUACCCCGGAGCAGCAGGGAUGCCUGGUCUCCCGGGGCUGAAAGGAGAACGGGGUCCGAUCGGACCUGAAGGAGAAAAGGGUGUUCCGGGCCCUCCUGGUAUCCCUGGUAUCCAAGGUCCAAGUGGCUCCAUGGGCCCCAAAGGUGAUGCAGGAAUACCUGGUGCCCGAGGAGAGAAAGGAGACCAAGGAUUUCAAGGACAGCCUGGGUUUCCUGGACAGCAGGGGCCAAUAGGUUUCCCUGGAAAGUCUGGGCCUUCAGGACCCCCAGGAAGUCCUGGUGAGAAGGGCAGUGAGGGAAGAACAGGACCUGUUGGGCCAACAGGUCCUCCAGGCCGAAUUGGAACUCCAGGGAUACAGGGACCCCCCGGAAUGGAUGGCCUCGAUGGAAAGGAAGGGAAGCCAGGUGCCCGGGGUGAAAUGGGACCUAUGGGGCCACCAGGACUCAGGGGUGCACAUGGAUUUAAAGGAAAACCUGGGCUCCCAGGCCAACCUGGGCUGAGAGGUGAACAGGGAGCAGUGGGUCCACCUGGAGCAGCAGGACGUCCAGGCUUUGAGGCAAAAACAUAG